UUUCUGUUUUUUUGAGUUCUAAACUAAGACUAGACUGUGUUUCGGUUCUUUAUUAUUGUGUGUUUGUUGAUGUUGAUGUUGUGUUUUGUGUGAUGAACAAAAUAAUCCAAAUCCAUACUUCGGGAAAUGUAUUUUUAAAUUAGAAUAUUGUAGAUAAUUGUUUUGAUUUACAGUUUGAAGCUACUGUACUACUUGCUCGGUAUGUGGGCUAUAAUAAGAAUUGUUGAAGACUCAACAUAUGCAGUUGUACCUGUGUCAUGGCUAGUGGAUGACAAUACAUGCUAUUAUCCAGAUGUCGAUAGCAAAACUUUGAAUCUACUUGUGGCCAGAGCCCAGGAACCUGGGACGAAUUGGGAUGUGGUCCUGAUUGAGUUAAUGGAUAAAAACAUUGAUAGCUUUGAAUAUUGCAUGUCAAUCAUUGCCUGCCUCAAGAAAGGUGUGACAUCAGAAAAUGAAAAAGCAAUGAGCAAACGGAAGAAGUCUUCAUCCAUGAAUUCAGAAAGAAGUGAUGAAGAAUCAGACUCUUCUUUAGAUGACAUUCAAUCGUUCAAAAAAAUCCAAACGCCGAAAAAAACUCGAACAAUCACCUCAAAACUGGAACCACUUUCCCCAGUGCAAAGUUCUCCUAUCAUUUCCCCUGCUGCGGCUUUAAGGCCUUCAACAGAACAGGUAGAAGUGUGUUCUACCCAAGAGUCAUCCUGCAGACUGCCCAAACAAAGUGAACAUUACUGUGUCUUCAAGUCAAAGGAACAGGUUACAUUGGAGGCCAUAGGGCAUGCUCUCUGUGUAAUAACACGAAAACUUGAAGUUCAGGAAAAUAACUCGUCAUUUCUUAAAGAAGAACUUCGAGCUAUCAGACAGGCUAUUGAAGUAAAAGAAAGAGUUCAAGAUGUCCCGAAUGAACAACUUCAAAACCAUGAAGAAUUAUUUCAAGAACUGCCACUCAAUUCAGUUGAAGAGGUGGAUUUGUUUGAAGAGCAAUUGAAAAGGAAAGAUCUCUUUCAAGCUUGUAUAUCCAGCAAGUCGCAAUAUGCCGUUGUGGGAUUCCCGGAUGAAGAUGAUGUCUGUGUUAUUAUACCAUUAUCCUGGGCUAAUAUUGAAGAAGGAUGGUGUUUCUAUCCCAAAAUCAAGAAUGAGGAGGACGUGAAAUACCACGUCAAAGCCCAAACCAGACCAUCUGAAGACUGGGAAAAACGCAACAUCCAUCUCCUGCAAACAUAUGAGAAGUAUUCCGAUGCACGAACUGAAUAUAAGGAAGUAGAACUGUCAGUGAACUUAGAAUCAGAUUACGAAAUGACAAGCAAGGCGAGGAAGAGAAAAGCAAGCUCAAGGCUUCAGUACCCUGGUGAAGAUGGUGUUGGUACAGACAUAAGUGAUUCUGAAACAGAGGAUUGUCAACCAAAUAGAAAAGUUAAAAAAACACCGAUCAACCCUAAUCCUGUAUUCACACCAACAAUUUUUCCAGAAGAAAAUUUAAUUGAAAAAUCUUCAAACCAAAAUACGAAAUUGCCUGUACCAUCCACUGUUCUUUCAUCCAAAAACAGAAACUGUGAAACAACAAAGGAAGUUACUAAUUCUCUAGAUCAAGGUGGCAUUGACAAAAUGCUUCAAAUUACGAUGCAACUGCAGGCGGCUGUAUUUCAUAAUGUGAGGCGACUUAUUUCUAUGGAAGAGAAAUUAGACAGACUUUUGGCAAAGCCAACAAACAACCAGUGGAGUGAAAAUAAUGAUGUUCAUCCACAUUUAUUGGGCUUUCUGCCAUUUCAGUCUAUGGCUGAUUUUGAGGCUACAGAGGCGAAAUUAAAGGAAUCUCCUUCCCUGAGGAACAAGUUUGUCAAGCUAUUUAUGGGAGUUGGGGGACAUGAUAUUAAGAAUAUGUCAAUAAACAUUAUGAGAAGGACGUUGACAGACGAACUCGGUCAGAACUUCUCAUUCACUGGGAAGAAAGGGUUCACAGAUAAAAUAGCUUUUGUGACUACCCAGUUAUAUUCUGUCAUUCGGCUUGCAGUAUGGAACUGGUAUAAGGACAAAUUUUGCGAAACUUCUUUGAAAAGACAUAUUUCAACUUGGCUGCAACAGUCCAAACACAGAUUGAUCCGAAGGACCGAAAGGAGAAAUCUGACGGAAAGUAGAGAAUCAAACCAGGAAGGUUUCCCAUCCAAUGAUGAGGAUCAGCCUGGAGUAAGCUGCAACUAAUUUAAAGCUGUCAUAAGGAUCAGCCUGGAGUAAGCUGCAACUAAUUUAAAACUGUCAUAAAUAUCACCAGUUGGAUAUAGGCCUAGUAUGUGAUUAACCCUAGGACUGCCCUGACCUGAUUUAUGCUCGGUGCACUGGCAAUUUAGGCUAUUUUGCAGGUUUUUUUUUAACAGUUCACAGUGCCUAAAGUACUGUUGAUAACCUGGUCAUAUUCAUACUUGUUUAGUUCAGAAAAGAAAGGAGAUUACGAACAAAAUCCCUGUUGGUGGUUUUUUUUUGCAAAAUGUGAAAAAAAUUAAAAAAAUUAAAAAUAUUUGGAAUAAUUUUCAAAAGCAGAGGCCUAGCAUUUUUACAAAAUUUUUUUAAAGACAAUCUAAGAUAUAUGAAAUGUAGGCAAUUAAUUUCCUUAAGAGGAAAUGUUAUUGAUGUUUCAAAUAAUUUUUUUACCGGAAUUAUGGGGGAAAAUAUGGAAAUUGGGGAAAUUCAACAAAUUUGCGCCCAACAUUUUAAACAUAAAAAUAUAAUCAGAAGUAUACAAUUUAUACUCAAAAAUUUUACACGCGCAAAAUAUUGUUCAAAUUAUAAUAGCAUUUAUAUUGAUCUGUUAGUGCUACGAGGUUCGUUUAUGUAUGAAAAUAAGAGUUUGGAAUCUCUUCUUUCCAACGGUAUCAAAAUUAUUACGCUUCUGGAUCAUUUUCAUUGCGUAAUAAGCGUUUGAAAAAAAAAUUUCUGAACCGCCGACCGGUUGGGCACCGAGUGCACACGUCAAACCGCCAACUCAGUCGGCGGAAGGCAGUCCUAGGGUUAAUGUUACCAAUUUUGUCAUGUAUAAAAAAAGGAAGGUGUGUGCAUAAGGUGCAAACCAUUCUUUUGCUGUCCGCUGAACUGUCAGUUUUGUUUUUUUAUAUAUUGUUUUAAUAACCAAAAAUGUUUUUAAUUUGCUUUAAGUUACUUGAACUCUGUCCUUCUUGUAGGUACAUUUUAUGGUAAAAUGCAAUAUUAAUCCAAUUAUUUGUAUCACAGUAGCAAAUCAUAGCAAUGUUUUGUCUCAAUAACCUGAGAAUUCCAUAUUGUUUUAUUUCUUAGGUACUUUUGAUGUGCCAACCUAAUCUGACACACACUUUCUCCCAUUAGCUUGUCAUCAACCUUUAUCAUAGGUGGGAGUAACUAUGAUAUUUUACAGGGAAAAUCACAAAAAGUUGCAACAGAUUUUUGAACAGUAACUUUACAGCAAUGGGGGGUUAGCACUAUUUUGUUUAAAACUAUCAUAAUCAAUUUUCUUGACCUAAACUGAUACUUUCUUGGCCUUCAAAUUUUGACGAGAACACUAUUUUGUCCAUGAACAUUAUACCCGUGAUGGUAAAAAAGAAAUGAAUUCACUACUUUAACAAUUAUAUGAAAAAUAUUGCCUUUUCUCAUAGUGAGAAAUGAAUUUUCUAGAACUAGAACUUGUAGCACUUGCGUGUGAGCCCAAUUACGUUAUAUCAGCUAACUAUGUUAUACUACAACACAUCCAUUUCUUUAUCCCAUUUUUCUUUAAACUUUUUUUAUGAGCCUGAUUUUUUUACAUUUUAUAUUUACAUUAGAUUGUAGUCCAAUCAAAUUUUGUAUUUAAAAGAUUUUGUCUUGUAUAAAAUA